UAUGAGAUUUAUUACCUUAUUAGAAUAAUUGAUUACCAAUUUUGUGCUAGCAAAUCAAUUAUUGUAAUUGAGAUCUAAAAUAUCAAUUCAAUGAAUUAUAAUAAGCCCUCAAAACCUCACUAUUUGUAGAAGCCCCUACGUCUUCCUUCCUUCUUGAACGCUCCCUCUUAGACCCAGAAGCUGCCAGAUCUCGGCACCCCAUCGGUGUCGCCGAAGAAGAUGCUCGUAGCUCCUCCCUAAAGCUAGGUAAGCUCCCGACCACCUCAUCUUUCUUCUUCCCUGCCUUCUAUCCUCCCAAUUUACUCGGGAUAACAGAGAGAGAGAGAGAGGAAGAAAGAAAGAAAGAAAAGAAGAAAAAGAAGAGAGGGAAGGGGGGAUUUACCUGUGUGCGGCAGCAAGCGUCGCCGGCGCCGCUGGUCCUCGCCGUGGGCUCUUCUUCUCCUGAGCUCUCUCUUCUCCAUGGGAGGAAGAGAGGGCCGGCCACCGCAGCCGUAGCCGGUGCCACCGGUCCCCCCCCCCAUUGCGGGCCAACUUUGAGUCUGUUUAGCCGUAUUUGGGUUUGUUGGGCUAUGUUUAAUAGUAUUUUUGAUACGAACCUAAUAGGAGGAUAGGAAGGAAGAAGUCUAAUCUCUCCGCCACAAGAAGAUGGUUCGCUGUGUUGCCAAACUGACAGACGAUCUCAUGGUGGAGAUCCUUUCUCGUCUGCCGACCAAGUCCUUUUUCCGGUUUCAAUGCGUCUCCAAGUCCUGGCUCGCCCUUUCAUCUGAUCCCUACUAUCAGAAUAACUUCCCUCGUGCUGCAUCUGGCCUCUUCGUCGAUGUCCCUUAUGGAGACAUGACCGCUUUCGGGCACCGGAGGCGUAUCCAAUAUAUUAGCCUCUCAAACAACGAUGACGAUCUUGCCAUCAACACCUCUCUCAGUUUCUUGCGCAAGUUAUGGAAUAUGGAGGUGAUAUGGAAUAUGGAGGUGAUCAGCUCCUCCAAUGGGCUGCUCCUCUGCCGCUCGUGGUGGUGGGUCCGAAAAAUCUGCCGCAUAACUACAUCCCUCUACGUCUGCAAUCCCGCCACUAAAGAGUGGACUGUCCUCCCUGGAGGAGAGAUCACCAGGUACCUUGCUUUGGGCUUCGAACCUCGCGUCUCCCACCACUACCAUGUCCUCGGCUUCGACAGGAUCGCUAGGCUUAGGAUCUUCUCGACUAGGACAAACCAGUGGGUCGACAGCGAAGUCUCUAAUUUCAAAGAGUAUCGCAGCCCACAGGCUACUUUCACCAAUGGGAUUUUCUAUGUUACAUACGGUCUAAACCAAGUCUUGGGAAUUGAUCCAGAGGGAAAGGUUUGCCACAGAGUCGAGCUGCCUGAAUCCGAUUACGUGUACCGUGACUACCGUCUCAGGGGGUUAUUUGCAUUAUAUGCUGCGAAGCAAGGGUGA